AUGGCUGCCCCGGACGGGUCUGAAGGCCUGCGGGUCAAGCUCGAGGACGACGGCGAGGGACCCACGUUAUCGUCGUCGUCGCCGUCAGCCCUCCCCUCGAUUGCAAACGCAGCCGCUGAUGCGGACCUCCUACUCUCGUUGAACAACCUCUCGCUCUCCACGACCUCCAACUCCUCGCCGUCUCCCUCUCGCGCAACCUCUACAUCCCCUCAUCCCGCCGGCCCCUCGCUCUCUACCCUCGACAGACUGACCGGUGGCUCGUCCCCGAGUCCCCAGCUUCGAGCCAAGAAUCCCAAGAGUCCUGCCUCUCGCUCCUUCUCGGGUCUCAGCUCGCAAGCCCAGAGCAGAUCCGCUACUCCCACCCUUUUGAAAAAGUCCUCCACAGGCUCGUUGCGAUCUGUCAACGGCACCACGCCCUCGAGGCGUCCUUCCUCCACGCUCUUUUCGCCCACCCUCUCUAGAACUCCUACAAAUGGCAGCGCCCAGUACAACAUGGAAGACCUAGAGAGAUCGAGACCCCAGAGGACCGAGGCUUCUGUGGCUGCCGACUUCUUCAAGGCAGAGCUCGAGAAGAACCACGGUCCGACUUCGGCCAAGGCCGCCGCCACGGCUGUUAUCCUACAGGACGCAUGCUACGCCCACCGGUUCGAGCGUGCGCACGGCACCGAUGAAUAUGGCCUGUCGACCAUUGUCGAGCGCCCUGAGCGACUUCAGGCCGUCACAAUCGGAGCUGCUGCCGCCUAUGUCCGUCUCGGCGAGAGGCAUGAGGGCGGAAAGGCGGCCAUCCACCCCGACCUCGACCCAUCUACCCUGGAAGUCCCCUUUGAGAUCGUCAAGACCGACCGCCAGCUCCCCCUGAACUCCCCCAUCGUGGCCAACGUCCAUGGCAAGAAGUGGAUGGACGAGCUCAAGAUCAUCUGCGCCGCUGCAAAGUCGCAUCUUACACAAGGCACCCUCGAGAUCAAGCGACCCGAUAUCGACCGCGGUCCCGGCGCUAAGCCUCCCGAUGCCUUCCACGAAGGAGAUCUUUUUCUUAGCGAGGCAUCCACCUCCGCCUUCGAGGGAGCUCUCGGCGCCACCUGCGAAGCUGUGGACCGUGUCUUCAAUGAUUCGGCAACCAAGAGGGCUUUUGUCGCCAUACGGCCCCCGGGUCACCACUGCAAUGCCGACUUUCCUCAUGGCUUCUGCUGGCUGAACAAUGUCCAUGUUGGAAUUAUGCAUUCCUUCAUGAAUCACGAGGCUACCCACGCUGCCAUCAUCGAUUUCGAUCUCCACCACGGAGAUGGCUCGCAGGAGAUCACCUGGGAUCACAACCAACGGGCGCAGGGUAUCAAGAAUGCCAGGACACAUCCUACCCCCUGGAAUAAGGCUGCGAACUGGAAGAAGGGUUCUAUCGGCUACUUCAGUCUGCAUGACAUCAAUUCGUACCCAUGCGAAAAUGGUGAUCCGGACCGCAUCAAGGAUGCCAGCGUGUGUAUCGAUGAUGCUCAUUCCCAGACCAUCUGGAACGUCCACCUUGAACAGUGGAGAGACGAAACCGAGUUUUGGUAUCUAUACCGCACCAAGUACACUCCCCUCCUCGAGAAAGUCCGAGCUUAUCUUCGGCGCGAGGCACAGAGAUGGCGCCAAGCCCGCCGCCAGCCCAGGGCCGCCAUCUACCUGUCGGCCGGUUUCGAUGCCAGCGAGCAUGAGACCCCAGGCAUGCAGCGCCACACUGUCAAUGUCCCCACCGAGUUCUACGCCAGACUCAGCCGCGAUGUCGUCAAGAUGGCGGCCGAGGAGGACUUGGGAGUCGAUGGCCGUAUCAUCAGCUGCCUCGAAGGUGGUUACAGCAAUCGAGCCCUCACCUCCGGUGUCUUCAGCCACCUCACGGGGCUCGCCGGAAACGACAUCCGUUUCAAGGAGGAGAUCGGCAGCCUCGGUCGCCGUGUCAGCGCCGGGAGCCCCAUGAAUGGGAGCCCUAUGAGCAGACGUAGCACUGUGACCUCGUCGGAUGCCGAAGUCCGCCCUAGAUAUGCUGGCUUUCCGUACGAUCCGAAUUGGUGGACGGCUGCCGAAUUGGACAAGCUAGAUGCAGCAAGGGCCGCCCCCAUUCCACCGCCUCGUGUGGUUCGCGAAGGCCCUCUUCCAACCUACUACUCGCCAACCCAAGCGUCGAAUGCAAAAGUCUCCGAUCUUGCCAAAGCUCGCCGUAGCAUCUCAGGGCUUUCGAGUUUAACCUCCGGACCUCAGCCCACGUACACUCGAGCGCCGACCCCUCCUCCACCUGCUGUUUCAUGGGCAACCGCAUCACAAGAACUGGCGCGACUACUUAUUCCUACUAAUCGGCAGGUGAACAGUAUCACGUGGAACGAGCUCCACGCGGAGGAUAUUCGCAUCAAGAAAGAGCGUCAACGGGAGCGUCUGACCGUCUCUGUAGACAGUGCUUUCGCAGAGCCUGCCGACAAUGGUCCCCCUGGAGUUCGAAAGAGUGGCCGUGAGCGUAAACCAGUGCAGAAUUACGCCCCGCCUGAUGAGUCGGGCAAGAAUCGUCGAAGAACAGUGGCCGGCGCAGCUGUGCUUGCUACCGAUAAGGUUUUACCCCUUCAAGACAUACACGUGUCCAUUCACGAUUCUGACAGUGUUCAACAGACUACAGCUCGCGGCACCGCGGUCUCCCCGAGCAAGAAACGUCAGCCAAGCCGACGGCUUAGUGCCUCGUCUGUUUUGCCGACCAUAACGACUGACCCUCUCCCGUCGCCGCUUCCUCUGGCUGACCUUGGCACGGACCCGGAGUCUUCCCAGCCUAGCAGGCCAGACUCAUCGUUGAGUAUCAGGACCACGACAAUGUUGCCCGUCAAGAAAAGCCGGCCUUUGACAGCCAGGAAGGAUAGUACAAAAGCUAUCACAGCUAGUGUCAAGAAAGCUUCCAAGACUCUGUCCAGCCCGUCCAAGGCCAAAGUCAAGGCCUCCAAUUCUGCUUCAGCUCAGGCUUCGGCUCGAUCCAGCAAGGCUUCAAGUCCUGCCCGACCUAAUAGCCACGACGUAGGUCCAGGUUUCAUAUCUCAGGAGCCGCCGAUGACACCCGACACGGCUACUUCUGACUCCGGAACCGGUCUGGACAGAAUCACUAACGGUAUGCGGAAGAUCAAGAUCAAUGUUGUGACGAAAGAAAUGAAAGAGGCAAGAGAAAAGGGGCGAGCAGGUGUGAAGCAUGGGGAGAGCUCAAAUACACCCGUACUCGAGCAGUUCGCCUCUGAAGCGUCAUCAACGCCCAAGAUCGAAGAGUCCAAGUUGGAUCAAGUCCAAUUUUCGCAACCAGACCACCAUCUCCACAGCAAUGAGAUUAACAAUUCCCCUUCAGAAGUCGGUGACGUGAUUUACCCUCUUCCCCAGCCUGUCACCCCGCAGAAGGACAACUGGCAACAGCAGCCUGCGCCUAUUACUCCGGCGAUGAACGACCAAUUCCCUCCGGUUGCCAAAGCGCCUACCACGAGCGCAGCUGGCGAUUCGGAUCUUUUUGUCCCUUACCAGCCCGAGGGUGCUACACCACAAGCUAUCCCUCAGUCGGCCCCAGUCACCUGGUUGGCUCCUAACACAGUCGACACUCCCAUGCCUUUCCAGGGACACCAAUUCACAGCUACCUCCACCAUCCCCUUCGCUGGGACUCCUCUGAAGGGUCCUAAGUUCAAGCGCAAAAGCCCAGCAGUUGCUUUGCCAUCUUCACAUGAGCGUGGUCCUGAACCUGGUGCCACUCUCCCCACGGAGCAGCGCCAUGACACUGCGGAUCCGGAUGUUUCCAUGGAGAUACCAGAGACCCCUGAUGGCCGUCUCUAG